UGGGAAAUGCACACAAGACAUCCUCGCUUUUCUAUAAAUUGCCUAUUUCCGUUACAUAUCCGAUGUGUCAACAUCACUUUCGUUAUAAAGUCAAUUUAAAUGAGAAAAACGAGAAUGUAACAACACAUUUUCAAAUUCCCACCCUCCAUGUAGGAGCACUUGAAGGCAGCACCGGUAUAGAUCAUUGCACUUCCCCUCAGCAUCCCCACACGACACAGACAGGGCUCACAGGCGACAGUUGAAUUGACUGUGUGUGUGUGUGUGUGUGAGGGAGAGUGUGUGCGUGUGUGAGGGAGUGGAAAGCACCAGGCACUAUGACAAUUAGAAACGCUCUCCGGGAUCAUGGACAGAGGUAUCGACCACGGAUGGCAUGUCUCAAGAAGGCGGAGAAGGUGCUGCUGGAGAUGCAGGAUCCCAAAUCAGGAGUUAAGUCGCAGCCUCAGCGGCUGGUCAUCACAACAAUACCACACGCCAUCACCGGUGAAGACAUAGUUGCCUGGUUAGCGGACAGAUUCAAAGUAGACACACAAGAGGCGAGGAGUUUUGGCUCUAUGCUGGUGGCGUUAGGAUACAUCUAUCCUCUACAAGACCACAAACGCUUAGUGAUCAAACCAGAUGCGUCCCUCUAUCGCUUCCAGACACCGUAUUUCUGGCCUACACAGCAGUGGCCUGUCGAGGACACAGAUUAUGCAAUCUACCUGGCGAAAAGAAACAUACGUAAGAAAGGAAUCCUGGAGCUGCAUGAGCAGGAGCAGUAUAACCGUCUUCACAAGUGGAUGAAUCAUAAAUGGGAUUUCAUAGUGAUGCAAGCUAAGGAGCAGUACAGGGCUGCAAAGGAAAGGAAGAAGCCGGACCGUGUGGUGUUUGACUGCCAGGAGAGAGCCUACUGGGUGGUUCACAGACCUCCGCCAGGGACAGUGAGUGCCAUGGACUAUGGACUGGAGAGACGAGUUGAUCCAAACGCAGACGAGACAAAAACACCCGACUUCUACGAGAGAAUCAUGAUCUUUACCCAGCAGUCCAUCAUGAGGCCCAGAGUGAAGUCGUCUGUGUCCAUUGGCGCAUUGGUGAAAUACUGCUCCACCUACAACAGCCACGACCCUUUCCUCUCCAAGUGUCUUCCCAGCAACCCCUGGCUCACUGAUGAUGUCACAUACUGGAACUUGAACAUGCCCAAUGUGGAAAUCCCAACUAAAAUGCGUGUGGAGAGGUGGACGUUCAGCUUUGGAGAGCUGCUCUCAGACCCUCGAGGACGAGAUGAUUUCAGACUCUUCCUGAAGAAAGAAUUCAGUGGUGAGAACUUGGCGUUCUGGGAAAGUUGCGAGGAUCUGAAGUGGGGAACAGCUGCGACAAUGAGAGAGAAAGCCGAGCACAUCUACAAGACAUUCCUGGCCCGUGGUGCACCUCGGUGGAUCAACAUUGAUGGAAAGACAAUGGAAAUCACCGUGAGCGGCUUGAGACAUCCACACAGAUACGUGCUGGACGCAGCCCAAACUCACAUCUACAUGCUCAUGAAGAAGGACUCAUAUGGUCGAUACAUGAAAUCUCCAGUGUUUAAGGACACGACGAAGAAGGCCAUCUGUCCUGAUGAGCACAAGUUCUCUGACGCCCAGUUGGAGCAUAAUGCGAAGAACAGGCGGCCCAGCCUCAGCCCCAUCAUCCUCCGGCAGCAGGAGCAGGAGCAGAGGGCCAAGCUGGCCGCCAGCGCCCCCGUUGACAUCACACAGCUGUGCCGCUUCACCACCCCCGUCCCCCACCUUGCUGUCUACUCUGGCAUCACCGACUCCCCUUCUGCCAACGCCUCACCUUCUCUCCCUUUCCUGGCCCACACCCCGGUCUGUCCGUCCCCCAUCAGCGUGGCCUUAGACAGCACCUCUGCCUCUGAGCGGCGAGUGGAGGCGGGUGAAGGGGAGCGUGAGGGGAACCCUGAAGCUCGACCUUCAGUAGGAGGAAACGUGUCCAAGUCUCGCAUGGCUCUCUCCCUGCGGCGUCUGCUGAAGCGGGGAUGCACCCCUUCCACCAUGUUUGCCAGCCUGUCGCCUAAAUGCCACUCAGCCGCCGGGACAAGCAGCCGCAUUCAGCCAAUCAGCCCGGAUCAACCCAGCCAAGCUCCAACUAGGAGGAUCGGCAACUUUUUCCAGAUUAAAGUGGAUAUUCCCCCAGAGUGCCGUAUCUACCCCAUAGAGUCUGAGGAUGAGGAGGAAGAGAACCGAGCUGCCUCUCGGGGAGGAGUAGGAGCCAAAGAGAUCAUCUGUCCCUGGGAGAGCCUCACUCCGCAGAAUGGGACGGGCUAACGGGCUACAUUUACACAGGUAUAAAAAGACAGGGGUUCGCAGAUGCAAUGUGUCUGUCUAAGCAGGCUGGAAGUAGAUUUUUCCCAUUUCACAGAGCAUAAAGGGGUAAAAUCUCAUUGUUAAUCGUUCCCUGUGUAGGUGUGGCUGAAUUCUCACCACCAGGCCACAAAAUACAAUAUAAAUACCAAACAACAAAGAGACUGACACACAACAAUCAGUCUGGGACACUCUAGAGAUGGCUGGCAGUCUACAGAAGACUGAGCAUCAAGUUUCACACCUUAAAGGAAUAUUUCACAAAAAUCUCAUGUUUUAAAUAUCAAACAUUCACUAUACCUGCAGGCUUGAAAGAACCCAAUUUUAUGACUGUUGUAACUACACCCACCUGAAGCCAGGAUUUUAGAAAUACUGAGUCCAAAUUCCUCCAGUUUAAUAAAACUCCUCUAUAAAAAAUGUUUGACUGUAAAAUUUCCUAACUGUUUACAUUUGAUUUAUUGAUAUUUUCUGCAAAUUUUCUCUCAUUUUAUGGUCUAAAUGCUAUUUCAAAACAUUAUCCAAACAGCUAGAAGUAUAAUUCUUGUAGACAAAAACAAUCCAAAUGUAAUUUGUCAUCAUUCAGGAAUUUAAUGGAAUCAACACAUUUUUUGUCAUUAACUUAUAAUACAUAAGUUUUAUUAAUUUCAAAUUAAAUCAACUUAAAAUGUCUAGUUUUCAUUUUCAGACCAUUUCUGAACAUAUUAAACCUGAGUUCACCUGAUUUGAAGUAUUUUGACUUGAAAUCAUGAGUUAAAUUGAACGAAUUGCAACUCAUUAAAUUAAGUUUUUAAAGAAACACAAACAGCCUAUCAGCAUACUUCCCAACAUGCAUUGUUUGAGGGUUAAAACUCUUCAGAGACCCUUCUUUUUUGUAGUUUGAAGAAAACAUACAUGAUGGUAAGCUCGCUGUGGGUCUUUAAUACACAUUAAGAUAAGUCAUGGUUGUUUUAAUGAAAACAAUGCAAACUGUGAUGGGUGUUAGUAUCAAAUUCAGUCCCUACCCCUGUAAGUAGCCUUGCAUAUUGACUUUGUACUGACUCUGGUAUAAAGUAGUUCCAACAACAACAAGUUCUUUGACUUACAUGAAAAACUGAAUCUUCAAACUGAGAAAAUGUAAAUAGAAAGCAAAGUCUGACCGUGACCUUUUAUCAGCGUGACUGAACAGUUGUUGAUUCAACUCAAUACCUUAUGUUUUGUGAUAUCUUUAGUUAUCUCAGUUUUACAUUUUUAAGGCAGCAGGGAACUUACGUUAAGUUGAAACAGCUCAUAAUGUAUUACAGCACAGUAAAAAACAAACAAACUGAGAACAUGGCGUUGGUUUCUCAGCUGUAGCUAUGGCCUCACAACUGUGUUUGCUGACAUUGGUUGCAAACAACAAACUCACACACAAGUUGUAUUCAACCAUAUUUCUGCAUAUUUGGUGUUUGGAACAAGCACAAGCCUUCACCUUACAAACCUACAGAAAAUACGUAUUUGAUACUAAAAACAUUUGUUUUUGGUGGUGUAUUCCUCUACUAACUAUAGCCUUAUUGUCACCAACCCUUACUGAUGUGAGCACCAGCUGAGCCCGCUGUUCAGUUUUGUCAGGCUCAGCUCCUCCAGAAGACAACCGGGGGAGGGGGGUGUACGAACGUCCGAGAGCUUUUCAAACCUGAGCUGUAGCUUUCACUUUAAAACCUCAGUCUGUAUCUUCUUCAUGAACAGUAGCCCAACAGCAGCCUUACCCUCCUGCACACACCUGAGAUCUUUUGUUUUUUGGCCUUGCAAGUUUCUAAAAAAAAAAAAAGCAGGCAUGUGCACGGACAUUUUUUGAGAGCCAUGCAGGCCUACGAGACAACAAAAACUAUAAAUGGGGGAAAAAAUAUAUGAAAAGGAAAUUCCUAUGAGCAUCCUAUCCUUAUUGAAAACACAAACAUAUACAGUAUAUGUACAUUAAUGUUUACAUCCAAAUGAGCAAAGCCAAAGAAGACGGACAUAUUUGGACUCUGCCUGUGCACAUGCCUGUUAAAAAAGUAUAGAUACUGUAUUUAUAUAUUUAAUAUAUUGAAUAAUGAUCAGUUUUCUGAAGUAGAGAAGUGUUCUUGUGCUGCUUAAUAGACUUAGAUGCCUCAUCCCCAAUUUGCUUACCUCUUACACAUGUUAUGUGAAGCGACUGGAUAGAUGCAUUUUCAGGUAAAACGAGAGCACAUGAACAGCUUGUCUACAUGUUGGUUUUUUGCUGACCCACUCCUGUCAGAUCUGCGCUCUUCACGACAGAGGAGCUAACAGGGGGUCGGGUAAUAGUUUUGUAUUUGGCUCCACUGCUGUUUUGUACACUCUGUGUAGCUGUCGUUUGAUGUAAACUACCCUGAGCGAGGGGUUGAUAUUUUUCCUCGCGUGUCUCUCCGUUGCUGGGGGGGCAGUGCAAUGUGAAUUAACUGUCAGAAUGUAUUAUCUUUACCAUGUUUACAGAUGCAAGAAUGUGAAAAAUACCUUAAAUUUGUUGUAUUUGAUUUGUACAUUCCAUGGCUUGUGUCAAGUGCC